AAAGAGUGUAGCCACCUCCUUAUAUUUGAAACCUGCUUAAAGUUCUUAGCGCUGGAUAAUGCAAAAGUUCUAAACUUUAAUUUCCAGCCCAAAGAUCUUAGCAACUGAUAAAUCCCCCUCCACUUAAGCAACAUUAAACUCCUCGAGAUUCUUUCAAAUUUCGGCUCCAACUUGGCAUUUUUAAAAAUACCACCCAUCACCAUUGAAUAUUACAAAAGCCUUGAUAAAAAGAAAAUGUUUUUCUCACUGAUACAGACGCUGGUCUGUGUGCUGCUGGUCAAUGGUGGUCUCUAUGCCCUGCAUUUAACAGGUUCCGGUUCCGGCUCCGGCCCCUCGGCGAAUGCCAACGGUGGCAGUUCGCCGCUUAACGCCAAUGGCCAUAGUUCCUCUGCUGCCUCUUCCUCACUGCAUUUGUCGUCGUCUGGCGGCGCUUCAGCGGGGGCUGGCAAAAAUCCCUCUUCCAAUCCCUUUCAGUUGGCCGAUUUGGCCCAGCGUGAACGUGAGCGUCUAAUGACCAUAGGCUUGGCCAAACAAACGGCCGAAGAGUCGGGCUAUCAUGGACGUCCCGUUAUAACGGGCCGCAUAAAAAUGCAUCCUGUCGAUGAUAUGGACUCCGAUUAUGCCAAUUGGUUGAAUGCCCAGGCUCGCAAUGUCAUGUUUGGCAGUGUGGUCAAACAGCCUUCGGCUCCUUUGCUGGAAGGCGAGGAGGGGGACUAUAAUGAUGGUGAAUUGGCCUUGAACUAUGAGCUGCGUAGACCCACCAAAUAUGAAUAUGGUCGAGUGGUGCAACCACCAGCCAUGGAAAGGGAAUUCGAAAGUCCCCACACUUUGGAUAUGGAUGAUUUUAUGGAAUUGGAAACGGCUGCCGAUGAGGAAGAUGUCUUUCCUGAUUUAGAUGGCUAUGCCUAUUUGGAGGAUUUGGCGGUGGAAGAGAAUAAGGAAAGGCUGCAACAUCAAAAUGUUCCUCAAUUUCCAGGCUUCAGACAACAACAGCAACAACACCAUUUAAUGUCGCCCCACAGCAAUCCCUAUGGCCAUGCCUAUCAGACCCAAGAGCAUAUGCAAAUGGGCCUGCCCCAGGCUUUGGAGGAGAUAUUGGAAAAGGAGCAACAACAGCAUCAUCAUAUGCAACAGCAGCAGCAGCAACAGCAGCAGCACCAGCAGCAACAUCAAUUCAAUCCCAAAUAUCGCAAUAACAUAAAGCUGCAGCAGAAAUGGGCACGCAAAAGGGCCCAACAGCAACAAUUGCCCCGCAAUAUCUUUGGCCAAAAGAACAAACCAACCCAGCAACAGCAACACUUCUUCAAGACACUCAAUUCCAAUAAACUGUCUUUGGCCAAUUCGGAGGCCACCGCCACCAGCAAGGUGCACAAUACCAAUUUGAAUGAGUUUCAACAAGCCUCAUCAUCCUCCUCCAGUUCGUCCUCUGGCAAGGAUUCCCCUAAGGAUAAUGACAAAAUCAAAGCAAAUGGCCCACAGGCAGAAAAAUCCUCCUCCAACAUAGUCUCAGCCAUAGGGGAACAACAAAAACCCGAUCAACUUUUACAUCCUUCGAAUCACAAGCGUUCCGGCAGCAGCAGCUCAGCAACAGGAGGUGGCGGAGGUUUGACCUCCUCCUCAGCAGCGGCCAUAGCCUCGGUUACCUCACCCCACAGCUUGGCCAAUCAAUUAAUGUUACGCUCAGCGCGUGGACAAAGGCAAUAUGAUGUGCCACAAAUUGAAUGUCCCACAGCCAUGGAUGGCAUGGAACGUUUUGCAUGUCCGACACCGGAUGUGCAGGGCAGAUAUCGUUGCAUAGACGAUCAUGUGCUUUGCGACGGCUUCAUCGAUUGUCCCGAAGGUGAAGAUGAAGAUAGAAGAUCGUGUAUGUUCUACAAGACGACGAAAGCACAUCUGGAUGUACUGGCCGAUGCGUUACUAAGAUGGGCCCGAGGCCGCUAGGUCUAAGUAGCGUCAUAAACCUGUAAAGGAUAGCAAAAAAGCACAGCAACGUAUGAACUAACCUCCGUCACUCAUUAGCAGCACGACAAGCAAUCGAUAUACACAUCAUAGUGGACAGAAAUCUCCAACAGAACUACUAUACGAAAAAAACCAAAAAAAAAACCAAAAAAAACCAACAACAACAAUCCUGUGCAAUAUUUCAUUGAAAUACAUACUCUCUGUCAAUUUCGAGUAAAGAAGUAGAAGGCGUAAAAACAAUAACAAACAAACCCGAUACCAAAAAUCAACAAUUGGCAGCUUCCCCUCCUACAAAAAUAUAAAGCAAUCAGGUAAUACUAAAUAAUAACAACAAAAAGAAAACUCCCACACGCCCCAACACUUGCAAAAACACACAAAAUAGUGAUAAAUAUAACAGAACAGAAAUUCUUCAGACAAAAUUUAGAAAUUUUUAAAAAUAUUUUUGUUUAAAAAAAAUUCCACAAAAAAAAAAACCAAAAUUCCCUAAAUCCAAAAAAAUAAAGAAAAGAACAACAUCCAAAAGAAAAUCCUAUAACAAACAAACUGCAGUAUGUAAGAAAAGAAGGUGGUGGUAAGAUGAAUAUACCAAAGAGUAUGUAUGUAUAAAGAAUGAUUAAAAUUAAGCAAAAGUUGAAAAAAAAAACACAGAUGAAAAGCAAAUUCAA